AAGAUUCAACAUCAGUUUCCUCCCAUCUGACUUACCCCGCCUCCGAUCAGUCCGAAAGAUGCCGUACGAUGCAAAGCCCCAGCUGUGGCGCCGCGUGCAGUGGACGCCUGAUGCCAGCGACGAGACAGACAGAGACACCGACUUCGGCGGUGCCCAGACGCCGUCGGAGCUCUCUGACGCAGAUGACGGCUCCGAGUACAUCGAUUCCGAGUACGGCGACGACGGCGCAGCACGUGCGGAGGAGCGGCGGGCUUCUGCGCGAACGCGCGCGCCUGAGCCGCCAUCUUCGGCAAGCUACUCGCUGAACCAGCCGGUGUGGGUCAAAGUGAAAGGAUCUUGGUAUAUCGGAAUGGUUGAACAGAUCAUCAGAAAUUCUUCAUCCAAGGCAAAUCGAAUAUGUCCUCUUUACGUGGUGGGAUUCCGUAGCCUGCAAACCUCCGCGAGGCUGCGGACGACCGCCGAUCCACUCCGAGGUGCCAUGAAACCGGCUGAGGCCAAGGAUGUCGAGAGAUGGUUGCGCUCUCAGCAGCAUUAGGCGGGCCCCCCAGCGCCAUCUCGAAAGAGCGUUCAGCCCGUGAAUAGAGCCUGUCGCCAGACCGCGUAUUUAUUUUAUCAUAAUUGCUAGAGGCAAAAAGAGGGGAUCAUCGAGUUAUGUAUUACUAAUUCCGUGUUUUUCUAUUCCAUGUCGCAUGCAUUGUAAAAAUACUAUUACACAGUCUUCAUUAGUAUCAUACCCA